AGAGUCUAGGCGAGAGUCAGGUUGAGCUGGCAGGAGCUGUCGCUCCCUCGGUGAGCCGGUGAGGCAGUCUUGAGGCAUGGGAGUGGCUGACUCGCCCUAGACAACCCUAUGGAUGGACCUUCAUCAACAUACUCAUUUGCCUGUCCUUCAUGAUCCAGAGCUUCAUACCUAUUGUGCAAGGGGACCUGGGAAGGUGAGCACAAUGGCUGACAAUAAAGCAAAGUCGACCAAACCUGCAAAUAAGACUCCUCCAAGGUCUCCUUCAGAUCCAACUAAGGACCGAGCUGCAAAACGAUUAUCCUGUGAUUCAAAUAGCUCCCAUGAGGGAGCUAUGGCAGGAGAAAUAAGUGCUCUGGAAGAAGCCUUUAGAAAAUUUGCUAUCCAUGGUGAUACAAGAGCCACAGGAAAAGAAAUGCAUGGGAAGAACUGGUCUAAGCUGUGUAAGGACUGUCAGGUGAUAGAUGGGAAGAAUGUGACAGUCACAGAUGUUGACAUUGUCUUCAGUAAAAUCAAGGGAAAGUCUUCUAGAACUAUUACUUUUGAGCAGUUUAAAGAAGCUCUUCAGGAACUCUCCAAGAAGCGAUUUAAAGAAAAAAGUGAUGAGGAAGCAAUUCAAGAAAUAUAUAAACUAAUUGAAGGAAAAGCACCAAUUAUAUCUGGAGUAACGAAAGCGAUUUCAUCUCCAACUGUGUCACGCCUUACAGAUACAUCAAAAUUCACAGGUUCUCACAAGGAGAGGUUUGAUCCCAGUGGGAAAGGAAAAGGCAGAGCUGGCCGAGAAGAUCUGGUUGAUGCUUCAGGAUAUGUAUCUGGCUAUAAGCAUGCAGGCACAUAUGAUCAUAAAGUACAAGGAAGCAAGUAAGGCUGAUGGUUUAAAAUACAGGGGGAAAAAAGGGAGAGAGAGAAUAUAUUUUUAAGAAUGACAUAGAUGAGUCCCAUGUGUUUCAGUUAUUGUGAAUGCUAAGACUAUGUGUUCAAGAAGUUUUUUUCAGAAACUGGAACUGAUUAUAACAUCUGCUGAGCAACUUGCAGCAUAGCACCACUUCAUUACAUUCCUUACGUGUAUAUUGGCAAAAAUAAAUGUAUCAGUACAGAAAGGACAUCAUUUUGUUGAGCUCUUUAGAUAAAAAGGAAAAAACAAUGUCAAGAGCUGUUAUACCAGACUUUGUCAAUCUGAGGAAAAAAAAAAAAAAUUCAAACAUUCCUAAAUAUCCAGUUGCUCUGAGGUUAUAAAAGAGAACCCUCUGAAAAAAGGUUCUUUCAUAGCAGCAUUUCUGAAAAGUAUGCCAUUACUUAGGCAGUUUGAUUUCACUACUGUUUUGGGGCUUUUAAAAAAUGUCUUUUAUGGGAUCUGGCACUUUCCUUAAAAGAUUCAACAGUGUAUUAUUGUGGAGUACGUUGUUGUAUUAUAUAAGGCGCUAAUCUGUAAAUUUCAUACACCAUUUAUGAAAAACUGAAAAAAAAGAAGAAAAAAAGGAAAAAAAGUAUUUUUGUGACAAUGCAGGUUCUAAUGUAUUUGUAUUUAUGUCCGCAGAAGAAGGUGGAAAAUACCAACCCUUACUGUCCUCAUGUCUAUACUUUCUGCUUUGUCAUUGUGUUUACUGUAGCAUGUUUCUGACUGGCUGGAUUUAGAUGGAGCUAAUGUACUAACCUGGUGGGUGAGGAAUGGGAUAGUACUAAGAAAGUCUACUAAAUCUUUUUGUAGUCUGUUCUCAAAUUUGAGCUGCCCAACAUUUGAAAUGAAGAGGGCAUUAAAAUAAUAAUACUUUAAAAUAUUGAUUAUCACUAAACACUGCCAAUCAGAUUGCUAUUAAGUGAAUGUUGUGCACAUACAUUGGCAUAUAUCCCCAUUAACAUAUGUAAUGGAAGUUUAUGGCCUUUUGUAUUAAGGAUAUAUAUAAUAUUAAUAUCCACAUAAUUAAUUAUAAUUAAUUGUAAUUAAUUGCACAGAAAAAUAUACUGUUAUACCCAGGCUACAUGUUCUGUUCUGUUAGUUUUGUCUGAAGCCAAAGGAUUUGUUUCUCUGUGCUGCCUUACUUGGGAGUAAUUUUAUUGAUGGGAAUAGCUUUCCAUUUCUAUAGAAAAAACAAUUCCACACAGUUAAGGUACAGGCAGCUGAGUGUGACCUGCCUCUGGCUCAGAUUGCCAGAAGGAGUUAACAAGUUAACAGGAAUACAUAUAACUUUUUUUUUUUGUAUAUGUAUACAUACAUAUUACUGGUUAAACAAGAGAGAAAAGGCCAGUUCAAUUUUCUGUGAGAGCUAAACAAGUACUCUGAAGUAUUACUCUGUCUGUAAAAUUAUGAAAGAUAUAUUUUGGAGUAUUUAAAAACACCUCCUAGUAGUUUUGCUGUGCUUAUUUUCAAAAAGAUGCACUGAUUUUAAUGUUUUGACUGUGGAUAAAGGCUGAUCAGUUUACAGUUUUUCUCCUACUCUGAUCAGCAUGCCACUCAGGGUACAUAAGCUGAGUGAGCUGCGUGUGUCAUCACGUUUCUUGCAGGUCACAAUCUGUAUUUGGCCAAUAUACAGAAAGAGCAUUGGUUUUCAGUCCCUAACUGUUCAUGUUUUGGUUUUCUGACAUUGUGUCCUUUCUUGUAAUUCUGCCUCCAGUGACCCUUUGAACCCAUACAUCAGCUGGAAAGCAAAGCAGUAAUGUGCAAAUACACGGACUUUCUCAUGAACUUGAAGAUUUUUUGUUUGUUUAUAAUUUUUUCUGGUUUUUGUUUUGAGGAGGGAAAUAAGUUUGCCAAAACUCAGCACAUGGUAUUGUAAGGAUCUUUUUCCCCUGAUUGGCUCUAGUUAUCUGGGAAGAUUUUUGACAUAUUUAAGGAUGCUCAGGAUGAGAAGCUUUUUGAAGUCUUGACUAACUCAUUGCUCUUGAAGAAAAAUUUCAGUGUAGUGAAGUAGUAUUCACUCCUUUGUUGCACUGGUUACCUGUCACACUCUGAAAAAGAAAAUAGCACGUUGUUAUACAACCAACAGCUAUAUUUUUCCAGCAUGGCAGUAGACUGGCUAACUACAGAGAGCCCUCUUUGUGAUAAAACAUUCAUGCAUGUGCACCCAAGGAAGGCCCUGGGACCCUGCACCCAGGCUACAUGCCUGGGAAGGCAUGUAGCUUUUUUUUUUUUUUAAUGUAAGUAAAAAGGCUAAGUCUGUAACUCUUGACAAAUCUUCAGCUAAGUUACAGGCACAAUCAAUAAAUACCCCUGUUCUUCCCAUUGACUUAGAGACUUAACUUAUUGGUAGCUGGAAAGAUCUGGACCCUGCUUGAAUCAAAGGUGAGGUCUGGUCUAUUGCAGAGCUCUACCAACGUGUUUUGAUCUUGCUGUUUGUUGCUAGCUAGCUGUCAUGACAGAAAUAGUAGGUGAUACCUAACCUAAGGUGAACAAGUGAUAGGCUUUCUAAAGUACACAAAUACAGAUACCAAACUGUUGCUGCACAGGGAGGAAUGAUUGGUUAGAAAGGUUUUAUGAACUUAUUAGGUCCAUGGCAUGAGUGAAAUCAGCACGCUCAUAAGAUAUAGAAGACGCGCAAAAGAAUUGGGAAUGGGGACAAAUACAAGCUGACACUAGAAAUGGAACAAAACUGCAUACUUGGAAGAGGCUGAUGGAACUAGCUGGGAGUCUGCUAGAGCUUAACUGUAUAUUACAGUAUGAAAUUCCUGCCAGAACAAAACACUUUGUAUAGAUCUAAUGCAAAUUUGUACAAUAUAUUCAUUGAUAUAUUAAGUUUUGGAUCAGGACCUGAGAAGGUGUCUCAGUUAGCAUGUAGUAUUUUAUUUUGAAGAAGACACUUCUUCUUCUCCACUGCAGUUGGAUAGUUUUAAAACUCUAUCAAAUGCAUGAAAAGAAAUUCUGAUAUGACAGUGAAAAAAGGAAGUUGUGGCUGGAAAGGUAGUAAUCUUUAAGCAUUUUCCCCUCUGCACUUGAAGCAGAAGACGCAGGCUACAAAUGAAAGCAUAGAACUAUAGAAUCAUACCUGUGUCAUAUAUAUGUGUGUAUUAGAACUUCAGCAACCCAUUUUUGCUCUUACUUUCUCACUGAUUUUGGUGGGUAAUGAAAAACCUAAAUAGUAGCUCGAAUGUUAGCCAUGCUUCUAAAUGUUCCAGGCCUAUUUGAAAAUGAGGCAAAGUGAUAUAACCAGUAUAUUUUAUUGUGUGUUCAUUGACUAUUCCCUGUACUCUUAGGACAGCAAGUACAGCUAGUAACUCGGAGAUGGGAAAGGGAAGGUCAAGAGGUACAGUAGAGUAUGCUCAUCAUCCUGUGCACCAUUAUUCUAGACUACCUAAAUGACAUGCCUGAAGUAAGGGUGUGUACUCUAUAAGGUUUACACUCAUCUCCUUUUUUUUGGGGCAUCUAAAUUCAUUCCUUUAGAUUUUUCAGUCUGAGUUUCAGCAGCUCAUCUGCAGUGCUCUUUUACAUGAUAUCAUCUGAAAAACCGUAUUAUUCCUAAUAAUUUUGCUUUCAGUACUGCUGAACAUUCUUUGAGAUAAACGUGAUCAAAAAGUUCAGGUAGCUUUUAGUGAUACCUGUAUUUAAGAACAAACUCAAAUUAUACUAUUCAUUUAAAAUAAAAGCCUUAGAUACUAUAGCAGUACACGAUCUUACCUAUAUCUUAAUAUGACUACCAAACCUUUACAAGAUUGAGAACAACAAAUUCAAAUCCUGGCUGAGGCAAAAGAGUAUUAAUAUAGCAAAUAUUAAGUAAAAUGUGCAGACGAGUUUUUAUUGUUAUUAUUAGUGCUUGUUUGCUAAUUCCUCUACUCAUUCUUUGUGUUUUAAUUACUUGUUGAGAGUUUUCCAGCAGUCAUACCUGUAUGGAAAAUCAGAAACAAAAAUUACUGUCCUUUUUAUGGUUAUCAAAGCUAUCACAGUAGUGUUACUGAAAAGCAGACAUUGAAUUAUAUGUUGUUUCAACAGUCCAAUGUGAACAUUUCUGAUUAAUUGUAACAAAGUAUUUGGAAGACCAAAGGAAAUGCGGAACAUUGGACAAUGGCCAGUAUGCGGCCACUUUUUUACUUCAGGAAAGUGAAAGGGUAAUUUCCAAACUACUGAUAUGUCACGCCUUGUUAUUCAUUAGCAUAGAGGUUAUCCUUCAAAGAUAUUUUUGAUUAAAGUAUGAUAUUUUCUAUGUAUUUUACUGAUAUUACCUCAAGCAAAAUUUCCUCUGAUAACUUUUUGGAAUCAUGAAAUUCAUGUAUUAUUUAUUUCAGCCCUCUGUUGUCUCAACUAAUACCAUUUGUAUGGCAGAUGGAAUUUGUUGGUAAUCCAGAACUAGGGUAUCCAGGGUAAUCCAGAAUUACUUAAGAGUUUGGCUUCCAAGUGAGAGGUAUCAAGAGAGUCCUUGUGUAUCCUUCUCCAAACCCAGAACUUUAAAGUUGUAGUUAAGAACGUUUUUUUUUUUCUUAAGCCUUGUCAUAGUUACAAAAUAAACUUCAAUUAUUUGUGUCUGCAUGUAUGAUAAGUAUCAGCUCUUCAGAAUAUAAACUAGCCUCACAGAAAUUGCAUGUAUUCUGGGGGCAUGCGCCUGUCAUCUGUGAGUAAGAAUUCUGUUAGCACUGACCAAGAAACAAACCAUUUACUUUCAUGAUAGAUAAAAUGUAAUGUGUUGCACCUAGUACAUAUCCUUUAAACUGACUGUUAGCCUUGCGUGUGCGCUAAAAUAACUACAGCUUUGUGUACAUUGUUUGUAGUGUGGAUAUUAUGUUCUUUCUUUGUCUAUUAGUUGAUGGUAGGUAAUGUAAUACAUGAGACUUGUACAAGUUUGUGUGCACACAUACUUUUUAGAUUCAGAUAAAUAAUUAAACCAUGUAGGCGCUGUCCUAAACCUUAAAUCUUAAGGGGCCAAGCUCUAAUCCUGCAGCUGGAGCUAUUCAGGGCCAGAUGGAAAUGCUACCAUUCUAUCUCCAUAACAUGAAAGUAGAGAUCUAGGAGUGUUUUUAUGUUUUGACACAUACAACUACUCCCUUUCUAUUUCUGGAGUUAAGUGUUCUUCGGUAAAUCUGACAUAGACUUACUGUGACAAGAAGAGUUCUUCCCUUGUUAGGAAGUAGGAAAGAGAGAGUCAGGGAUAAAUCAGUAGUUCCUCUGAGUGCUCUGAGGAGAUCACUUAAAAUUAUGCACUCUGUAUUUUUCUUUAACCUAACUUUGUGAAGUGGGUUGACACUCACUAUGUAUGUGCCAAGUUUUUUGUCAUCAGUCAGGUAAGUAUAAAAUCAUGGUAUAUUGGUGCAGGAACAGGAAAUGGACCCUGUCUUACAGUGUUUGUGGACUUCAGUCUUGCAUAAACCUUUAGAAAAUGAAAUACCUGAAACAUAAUGACAGAUUUCAAGUUUGUGUGAAAUUCUUAGUCGGGAGUGGUACAUGAUACAUGGAUGCGUACCUCCUGUAUUUGGAGUUUUGCCCAUAAAAUAGCAUUUGGACAUUGAGUUACUAAUUUUGUGCUCCCAAGUGCCCAUUUGGCUUACCAGAUAUAAGCUGGAAAUGAUAGACUGAGCUGUUCCUUCUAAAUCUUCAGAAUCCUAAAACUAGUGAGAGACCAUUAGUUGCAUUCAUGCUUGCUUGUUUAACUCAAAAAUAAUGUUUUAGAAGAUUUCUCAGCUAUGAUGCUUCAGGAGGCUAAGGAAUAUUGCAGAAAGAUUCUCCAAAUCGUAACUGUCCAAUCAUUUAUAUUUUCAGGAACAAAUAACUGUUAUGUACUUGGCGGUUUUUUGUGUUUUUUAGUAUAUCACCUGAGCUGUAUUUCUUCAAAAUCAACAUAGAAAUAAUGGGAUUCAAAACAAGUUUAACUGUUUAUAGUUCUUGGAAAAUGUUUGAAUUUAGUUGUUUCAUUCCAAAUAAUUGAUAGCCCACUGUAGGCAGAUUUUGGCAAGAGCAAACUUGAUAAUAAAUAAAUAAUAAUUUUAAAAAAACAACAAGCAGAUUUGCUGAGUAUUUUUGACAGAUUUACAAAUAACAUACUUGUAGUUCAAAAUUAUUUAGAAGUAAUAAUAAUUCUGCUUUGUAAUCAUACACACACACAUGCAUGUGCCAGAUUUUGGGACAAAUGAGUGGUGGUACUACAGAGGAGGCUUUUUGGUUUGUUGAUUUUUGGAUUGUUAUUAUUUUUCUAAUAUGCCUACAAAUCGACACUGGAGUGCCCAACUUGCUAACCUGACCUGGAAAGAUAGUAAGUACCUACCACAUUCCAUUGCAGGUAAACAUCCAAUGAAUUAGUUUUCAAAUAUAUUUUUAAAGCAUCUCUUUUUAUGAGUUGGCGCACAAAGCGUUUGUAAGGUCUGUGAGGUAACUCACAUAAUGGUAACUUAAACUUCAGAUAUUUUUGUUCAAAACUUUUUGUUAUACAUUUUUCAGAACAGGUCACAGACUUGAAUAAAGCUACAUUCAAGUUAAUUUAAAAUAUACCCCUAAAACUAUACUCAUACUUCAUCCUCUUUACAUUUUACUCUGGGUGUUAUAGGUAAUAAGCACACACACACAAAAGAAAAGAAGGAAAAAAGAAAAAAAUAAAGGAAGAAUGGCUAUCUAUGUGGUAAUAUUAUUCACCCACAGUGAAGAAUUAUUUUAAGCUCUAGUUUACAUCAGAUGAGUUUCUGCAUGCUUGCAUUUGCUCAAAUGUUACUUUUAAACAAAGAAAUUAAAUAAUGUGAAAUAAUGCAACCUGUGCUCUGUUCAGUAGAAUAAUAUUAAUACAAGUGAAAUGCUGAAUAUCUAUAACAUUUAUGCUGAAUACAUACUAGCUCUUAAUAAAGGUUUUGUGUAAGGGCAGUUAUCACAUAAACUGUAGAUAAGCCUGUUGACAGACUACUUGUUAGCACUGUAGUGCAUGAAAUGGCAAGGUCAUCAACAAAAGCAAGUUACGGGAUGCAACACAGAUGUGUCUGUGUUUAUAUUUGUGCUGGGUUCAAAAUAUAUAAGUUUUGGCAAAUUAUUACAUCAGGGAAGAUACUUUUAAUACAAAGGAAUUUGUCUUUCUGUAAAGCAGAGAAAUAGUUGAUGUUGGGUAAGUACAUAGGUCACUUUGAAAGUAAUGCCUCCUAUUUAUUUCCAUAGACACUACAACAGGUACAAAGAGCUCAGUAGCACUAUUUGGUAGAGCAAAUUCUCAGCUAUGAGGCACUUAUUUUUCAGCAUAGUCACUACCAUUAGCUAUGUAUUUUUACCAGCCAUGCACAAGAGCCUUCAUGCAAUACUUGUAAAAUUCUGUGCCAGCAGAGGCAAUCCGCUGUCACUACUGGUGAAGCACACCUCCUGCUGCCUCACUGUUCUCACAUCCGUUCUUUGGUUUCCAUGAACGUUCAGCAAGCAUCGAUGAAUGCCAGUGGUUGCCAUUUUUUCUGCAUGGAGGAAUUCAGUGACACAUCUUUGCUUUAUCCACACUUCCAUGUCAGACAGAUUUUGUCAUGCUGCCCCUCUGCUGCAUCUGUUGCACAGCAGCAAAAUGUAAUGGAAUGUUGGUGGGAAUGUUCAGCUUCUACUGCCAUACCACCAACAUCCACCUCUGAUGUCAUGGGCCCACACAGUAAAAUAAGAGGUAUUACUUUCAAAGCAUCCCUCAUAUGUUGAUGUUUAUUCUUUGCACGAUUUUAUGUAUCAGAUUUAAAUAUUGCAAAAGGAACAUAUUUAUACAGAAUUAUAUUUUUGGAAUAUUUGGGGCUGAUUUUUUUCAGCCAUUAACCAUUUAUUUAUCCACAUCAUGCUUUGUUACUUUGCUAGAUUAUUUAUCUGUCCAUGCUAUCCCAACAUACAUUUUUUCUUUUUGUUUAGGUGGUUUGAUCAUUUAUUUGCACAAAUUUGAAUGUGCAUGCCGUUAGGAUCUGACUGUAAAGCAAAGAGGCAAAACUGUUUUGUCUUUGGCGCCCUUAUUAAAAUCUAACUGUUAAAUAAUUGAGGUGGAUCUUGACGUAGUCUUCCAUGGAGUACUGUCCCGCAUGAUAAAAGCCUUCAGUGAAUUUUAGUAUUUCUUGCUCUUAUUUUGAUUUCUUUUUCAUCUUAGUCUACCCUGCCCCAAAAGCCCAGGAAGCUGCUACCUGCAGUAUUUAUAACUGCUGACAUUUCUAAUAUUAACUGUCAGCUGUACUGCCUACUUUGUUCACUGUGGAAUUUUCAACAUGGUAAAAACUUUGCAAGAUUAUUUAAUCUUGCAAGCUUACUUUUUUCUCCCUAGUAUGUCAACAGAUGUUUUUGUGAUUAUUGCAAAUGAACAAGUUGAGCAUAGCAUUUCUUGAUCUUAACUGUAAUAGCUAAACAUAUCCUAAGCAAAGACUUUUAACCGAAUUGUGAAGGGGUCCAGGCACUGUCUAGUGCAAAACACACUAGGCAAAAUCUUAUCACCACUGCAGUCACUGCUAGAAUUCUAACUGACAUUAGCAAAAAUAGAACCACAAUUAUAACGGGGUUAAUAUGCUUAAUAAGCAUAUGAUGAGAAUAAUAAGCAUGAUGAGAAGUUUUGUGGGAUCACAAAAUUGAUUCCCUCUUUCCAUAUCUUUGUUUCAUUUAAUUUAAAAUUACUACUACUCAAUCUUUAAAACAGAUAAACUUGAAGGGGGAUCAUAUGCUACUAGUUUGUACUAGUUUUUUUUUCAGGAAAGGGAAACAAAUUAUAUAUAUUUAUGCAAUAUAUUUUUACACUGUUUAUUAAUUUUAGAAAGUGUUAAAUGUAUCACUUUAUCAGUGUGAGUGUUAAAGUAAUGAUGAUGCUAUGGAUGUAUUAAACUUUCCAGAGUUGUCUCAUUUAAAUUCUAAGAACGUAUUAACAACGGAAAAUCUAUUUUGUCUCCCAUGUUACUAUCAAAGUUUUAGGAAAAAAGUUGAAGUACAGCAAUUUGAAUAGCACUGUAAAAGCUUGGCAUGGAAAGUUGUAGUGAAAUCUAUACUGUAAACACCAUUUUUUUUAAAGCAGGAGUUCUCAUAAAGUAUGUUACUGCUGUUGACUGACUGUUUAAAUUUGUACCUUUAGUUGGUAAAGUGAUCAAUAAAUGUGUUACUACAUCA